AUGGCCGCCAGAUACGCUUUCGCCAACAGCCUGCGCGAGGUGCGCUUCCAUUUGUGCUCGUCGAGUCAAGCGAGUGAAGCUGCCAGGACGUUCAUCAAGCGCGCAUAUCCUACGAUGAAGAAGCACAACCCCGAGACACCGAUUCUGAUACGGGAAGCGACCGGUGUGGCGCCAAAAGUGUGGGCGAGAUACGCAAAGGGACGAGAAGUUUCAGAGGAACUGUCAGGAUUGAGCGACAAGGAAAUCGAGGAGAAGGUCUCGACCAUCGUCAGGUCCGACUCGUAA